AUGAUGGUAACAAACGUGCCGAUGAUGUUCGUCGCAAAGUUUGCAACAGACAUUGGGAUGAAACCAUCCGACCAGGCACUGGCUCUAUCAUUGGUAUUUGGUGGGAGUAUACUCAGCACUUUUGCUUCUGGCUGGCUUAGUGAUCGAGGCUUCACGCAAGGAGUAAUGGGUUUCGAAGCAAUCCUGUCUUCAGCUAUCCAUUUCCUUCUGUUAGGGUUCUCCAAGGCCAAAGUGGCUGUGUUUACAUAUGCCAUAUGUAUUGGAAUCGUUGGUGGAGGUAAGCAAUUGACCGUGAAGUUUGAUCCCACUGACAGCCCAGGGUACGCAAAUUCUAUGAUUGCUUUCUAUGCUGAGGUAUCGCAAGGUGACGGAGAACUCUUCACUGCUAUACAUAGCCUUUUCAGCUUCUUUAACGGCGCUGCCAUCUUGUCAGUUGGACCACUUGGAACUUACCUACUCAGACUUUCACCAAUUGUUGAGAUGGAGGCAUAUGCGAUAGGCAAAUAUAAGUCGUCUGUCUGGUUUCUUGGUAAGCGAAAGCGACUAUGGUCGUCGUUGCGUCAAUCAACAUUACGCUUGGUCAUCUGCCUGCCAACCUCUCGGGAUGCUGGUAAGAAUCGAAUCGCGCUAUGCGUGAGGGACUUGGGCUUAUUAUACACCUAUACAUCAGGCACUUUGAUCACUAAUUUCACAGGAUCGCUGAGUCUUGCCAAAGAGCUAAGUAGCACAGUUGAGAGCCUGAUCAUGGAAAGACAAUCUCUCGGACAGCAACUAUUCACAAACGUCUGGACAUUGGCUUUUUUCAUUAUGAGAACGUUGACCGAAGAGCUCGAUCCAGCGUUCGGCAUGCUUGAUCCAAUCAAUCCACACUCGAUGCGCUCUCCUUUACCCGACUUCCAGGACUUGCCAUCUCUACUGGAGAAAUCAAACAACUUAGCGCGGAUUGAUCGAUACCUUGCUAGCCUGGAAGAGUCAGUCUCGUUCCUCGCCGCUGCUAGACAGUCGCUUUCUCAAGCACCAACGACCUCGCAACCUAUUCUCAGCCUUGAUUCAUUGGCUGACUUCGAAACCGCCCGAGCAAGAGAGAGACUACUGCACCAACAGAAGCUUUGUCGCACCUAUGUGAAGCAGUAUGAGGCAUUGACGCAGAUGGUAAUAUUACAAAAUGAUAUUCUUGAAGAGUAA